UUGAAAUCCCCAAAAUCUAAAAGAAAACAAAGAUGGCCACCACCCAAACCCACCACAGUGUCUACAUCACUCACAAAGAUCACGACUUGGACUCUCUCCAAGUACUCCCCGACGCCUACCAGUGGGUUCAGCCCGACCUUUUCCCUUCCCUCCAACAACACUCCACGCCCCUCUCCGACACCCUCCCCCUCAUCGACCUUUCCCUCCCCGACGCCCCCGACCUCAUCGGCAAGGCCUUAACCACAUGGGGCUCCUUCCAAAUCAUUAACCACGGCGUCCCCCUUUCCCUCAUCCAUGCCGCUCAAUCCUCCGCCAUUGACCUCUUUGCCCUCCCCCCUCCCCAUAAGCUCAAGGCUGCUCGCACCCCUGGCACCUUCCCUGGCUAUGGCAUCGCCCGCAUCAACUCCUUCUUCCCUAAGCGUAUGUGGUCUGAAAGCUUCACCAUCAUGGGCUCUCCUCUCGAACACUUCCGCCACCUCUGGCCUCAUGACUACUCCAAACGCUGUGAUAUAAUGGCGGAAUACGACCGAGAGUUGAAGAGUCUAUGUGGAAGGCUGAUGUGGAUAGCGUUGAGCGAAUUGGGCAUAACCCGAGAGGACAUCAACUGGGCCGGCCCGAAUGAGGAUUUCAAGACAUGUAAUGCAGCCACCCAGCUGAACUUCUACCCAGCUUGCCCUGACCCUGAUCGAGCCAUGGGGCUCGGCGCCCACACAGACACCAGCCUCUUAACCGUCCUGCACCAAAACAACACGAGAGGGUUACAAAUUUUGCGGGAAGGGAAGGAGUGGGUGACGGUGGAGCCGGUGGCCGGUGCACUAGUGGUUCAAGUCGGAGACAUGCUCCAAAUUGUGUCAAAUGGGUUGUACAAAAGUCCGUUCCAUCAGGCCGUUGUGAACCGGACUAAAAAGCGGCUCUCGGUGGCCUAUCUUUUUGUGCCGCCGGAAAACGUCGAAAUGUCACCGCAUAAGAAGCUUCUGAGCCCAACUCAGCCACCGCUUUACCGCCCCAUAUCUUGGACUGACUUUAUCCGUAUAAAAUCCGAUCAUUUUGACGGACUCUCUUGUAUCCGUGUAGACGUGAAGGAUGAGAGCCAGGUCAAAGUAGGGUAAUCUCCUUCCCACAGUUCUUUAACAAACUGUUCGUGUACUACAUAAAUAAAACACAGUUCUUUA